AUGAGUUACCGUGGAGGGAGACCGUUAGAUAGGGAAAGAGAGAGAGAAAGAGACAGAGAAAGGGACAGAGACAGAGACAGGGACAGGGACAGAGACAGGGACAGAGACAGGGACAGGGACAGGGACAGGGACAGGGACAGGGACAGGGACAGGGACAGGGACAGGGAUCAUUGGUCAAGAGGAGGACAUCAUAGAGGUAUUAGCUCAAGAUACUCUAGGGACUACGGUAGGGACGAUGGGCACCGCAGCAGCAGCCGUUGGCCUUACGGCAGCAGCAGCAGCAGCAGCAGCAGCAGCAGAUAUCGUCGUUCUCGUAGUCCAUCACGUGACCGUCGUGACUACAAUCGUCGCAUGCAGCAGCAGCAGCAGCAUCAGCAGCAGCAUCAGCAGCAGCAGCAGCAGCAGCAGCAGCAGCAGAAUCGUCGUGGUCGUUCUAUAAGUAAUAGUAGUACAGAAGACCCAUCAUUAUGUACAUCUAGAGGAGCAGGAUCUAUAUCUGGUGUAUCUGCUGCUGCUGCUGCUGCUGCUGCAGCAACAAAUGAUGAUAAUAAUCUGCUGCUGCAGCAAGUAAUGGGGUUUAAUGACUUUAAUACAACAAAAGGAAAAGAUCAUUCUUAUGCAGAUGUUUAUGGUGUUAGUAAAAUCUCUAAAAGAAAAUAUAGACAAUAUAUGAAUAGAAAAGGAGGAUUUAAUAGACCUCUUUCUCCUGUAUUCUAA